CCUGGAAGGGAGUGAGGGUUGGAGGAGAGGGGAGGGCAGAGCAAGAGCAAGAGAGAGAGAGAAAGCAAGAGAGAAAGAGAGCACAAUUCACUCGGUGAAUUGCUUGCAAGCUUUGGGCUGAUAAUUAGGGAUCUCAGGAGAGCAGUUUCUCAGAAUAACCUGCUUGCCUUCAAAUGGACCGAGUGGAGACAGUGGUUCAGUCCUGCUGAUAUUUUUUAAGCCCUCCUCACAGUUUGAUGGGCAUUCCCAGUGCUUUUGUGCACGUCUCGGAGAGCGUUGACGUGGAAAGGAGCAGCGAGGAGGGGGAGGUUGGAGAAAAAAACUGCAGCUCUUCUAAAAAUACGGAGGGCAUGCAAGAGUGUGAGCAGGCUGGGGAGGAGGGUGAGGUGAGAGCGCCUCGCGCCAUGGUCCCCGGGUGCCGGCGCAGCGCAGUUUCAGAGAUGUCCCUCCUGUGACUGGACGCACCAUGAGCAUCUGGGAGGUGAUCCUGGCUUUCGUGGUGGUGGUGCUGAUGCUCGUGGCCCUGCUGGCCAACGUGCUGGUGCUGAUGUGCUUCCUGUACAGCGCUGACAUCCGCAAGCAGGUCCCGGGAUUGUUCAUCCUCAACCUCACCUUCUGCAACCUGUUGAUGACCGUUUCGAACAUGCCCCUGACUUUGGCUGGGAUCAUUUACAAGAGUCAACCAGGAGGAGAUCAGAUCUGCCACAUUGUGGGCUUCCUGGAGACUUUCCUCACCACGAACUCCAUGCUGAGCAUGGCAGCUUUGAGCAUUGACAGGUGGAUUGCUGUGGUCUUCCCUCUAAGUUAUCACUCCAAAAUGAGGUACAGAGAUGCUGCUCUCAUACUGAGCUACACGUGGUUGCACUCGGUGUCGUUCCCGAUAGUGGCAGCUUCUCUCUCCUGGGUGGGUUUCCAUCACCUCUAUGCCUCCUGCACCCUGUACAACAAGAGACCAGAGGAUAGGACACAGUUUGUGAUUUUCACUGGGGUCUUUCACACCCUCAGCUUCCUCCUCUCCCUUAUAGUCCUGUGUUUCACAUAUCUAAAAGUGCUGAAGGUGGCACGGUUUCACUGUAAGCGGAUUGACGUGAUCACUAUGCAGACCCUGGUGCUGCUUGUGGACAUCCAUCCCAGUGUAAGAGAGCGUUGUCUGGAAGAACAAAAGAGACGGAGGCAACGAGCAACAAAGAAAAUAAGUACCUUUAUUGGUACUUUUAUACUUUGUUUUGCACCUUAUGUUAUCACAAGGCUUGUUGAAUUGUCCUCUGUGGUCCCCAUCAAUUCCCACUGGGGAAUCAUUUCCAAGUGCUUAGCUUACAGCAAAGUUGUUUCCGACCCUUUUGUGUACUCUUUGCUACGAAAUCAGUACAAGAAGACGUGGAAGGACAUCGUAAACAAGAUCCUCAAAAGAAGCUCCAUCAACUCCUCUGCCCUCACGAGUGAGUCACACAACCAGAAUAUUUUGCAGCUGAAUGAAUGAGGAGCCUGGUAUGGGAUAUUCAAGAACCAUAAAGUGAUAUGUGGGAAACAAAAGUAACUGGCCUAACCCUAGUAGCUAUCCUCAGCUGUCAAGGUUUCAGGAGGCUGCCACAGAGGCUGGUUGAAGCCCAGCCCCUGUAACACCUAAGGGAGGCAGGCUGCUUGGUGCCUCCUGCCCCCAACUACAAGUGUGCUAUUGAUACGUGGUCCUGCAGGUUUCGCGGGUACAAAUCUCCCAUUGAUUUUCAUCAGCAGUUACACAUACAUACAGGGUGAAAAGCUAGUCUUUCAUGUAAGGGCUCAUGAGAGUAGAGGAAGCAGACUGGUGUGAUCAAGAGAUUAUUUCAGAAAAGCCACGCAGGGAUAUGUGUGUGGUGUUUUUCAUGGGAUGCAGGUAAGGCUCACUCCAAUCUAGCUGACAAUCUGGCUUUACUAAAACAACCCCAGUCUAGUUGCUUCAGGAUGUUCCCUACAGAAAGCUCUUAAAAAGCUUAAUAGCAAAACUUUUACCUGGGUACUCAUACAGUGCCCAGCAUAGUUUUCAACCUCUUUUUAUACAUAUUAUUUGAACAAUUCUGUAGAACUGAAUGGAGAGUAAAUCACUUUUGUAGUACGCUGCAGGCUGGAUUUGGCCAUGUCUUCUAAGUAACUUUCACAGAAACCCAUUAUUUUCCUCCCCAUUAAAUUUCAGAACAGUAAAAAAGGUAGAUAGGAUGAAAAAAUCAGGAUGAUUCCUGCCUACCUUAACCACUUUCUAGUAUAUCUGAGCUACACAGAGAUGGAUUUUGCCCCAAAGCUGCAAAAUUGGUCCCCCUGCCCCAUAUAUUAAUAAAUAUAGUUAAUGAUGGUUUAUUCCCAUAUAUAUAUAUAUAUAUAUUAUUUGAAGGAAAGAUGAGCCCACAGCUGAGUUUAAAAGUAUCGUUUCCAAAGCAAGUAGAGCAAAAGUAAUAGACCUCCUCCCCACCUUGAAAGUGCUGACAGUAAUAUUAUUCCACAUCUGAACAAGUGCAAAUCUCAGAGGUUUCAAUUGCGAUCUCUGUAGCACUAGGAUGUAGCUCUGCUUAUUAAUGUUAUUAGUAUUUACCAUGCAUUCAGCUCAGCCUGCAGCUAACAUAGACCCAUAUACCACUAAAAUUUUCAAGAUCAGGAAAAUCCUAUGUGACACUUCCUCAGAAACCAUCACAGUAUCUUAAUUUUUGUAAACAAUAUUUAGUUCAUUGUAAGUAAAACUGCAGCAUGUAGAUGGCCUCAUAACUGUCACGUAGGCACAUGAUGUUGAAGCCAUCCUCCAGUGACUAAUGACAAAUUACUUUCCUUGGUAAUUUUCAGUGACUUCUCUCUGAAUUCAGUGAAAACACUAUGAAAUGAUAGUUUAAGUGUUUUCUUAUUAACUAAGAUGUAGAAAAUCAAAAGCUUGUCAGCACUAGGAUUUUAGGAAUAAUCAAUUUCUAAAACAACUUGCAUCAACAAAGUCUGUCCUCAUCAUAACCUCUUAAAAUUAUUUUCAGGUAAAGAACUAUUGGUUUCAAAUGCUUCACAUUUAUACUUUGAUUGGUAAAAGACUUGCUACCAAUUCUGACCUUAAUUCUUCACACAUUUGUCUCCAGCAAGUGACUUAAAUUCCAUAAGACAAAGGUAAGUUAACAUCAGAAGUGAAAUUAGUUUUUGCUCAGCAAGUCAAGGAAGCUUCUCUCCAGUGUCCAUAAAUUACAUUUUUUUUUUUUAGGUGAGGGUAAAACUGUAAACAGAUGCCCAGACUAUGAACAUUCUCAGUUAAGCAGACUUCAUGCAUGCAAUAGCAGCUUAAAUAAGAGCUGAUAUAGCUGGCUAUAUUAACAUCAAUUCUUGCAUAUUCCAGCUGUAAAUACAGAAGUCAGGACCAUAUUGAAAAAAUAGGGCCCCAAGUACUAAAAAUGUUGAAUUAAUUUUAGUUGCCACCUCUUGUGUUCUCCAAACAAAAGGCAUCUAUAGCUCUGCAGAGAAGCCUUGGCAGAAAAGGUUACUGAUCUAAAUUAGUAUAUUGUUUCAUUUAUGAUAAAUCAUAAAUAUCAGUUAUUUUGCAAACCUCAGCAUACUCCAUUUUGCAAGUUUCACCAUGAAUAUCUGCCUUUGACACAACAGAUAUUAUGACAACAACAUUUUUCCUUCAUACCUUGCAAAAAGCAUCCGCUGCUGUAAAUUCUGACUGUUGAUUAAGAACCCAGAUAGGUAACUCAGUGAGAGGUUUCACCUCAAAGUCAGUAAAUUUGGAGUAAUACCUCAGUCACUAGUGUGAAGAGCCUCGCCUUAUCCCUCUCUCUGGCACAAUACUGCAGCUGCAAUCUAUAAACUCUCAUUGUCACUUGCCUUAUAAGUGCAAAAAUUAACAGAAUGAAGAUCAUUAACUAACUACCAUGUAAGUAAAAGUCUUCAUCUCAGCUAUUCAGUUUAGUUAUAAAACUACAGCAUAAACGUAAAAAAAAAUAAA